AUGAAACUGAGGCAAGGCUCGUUCCUGUGGUACCUGUACCUGGACAAGAUCUACUGCCUGCUGUCCGUGCGGAACGUGAAAGCCUUGGUGGAGUACUUCCACCUUCUCGACGCGCACCACAACAACACCCUCAACGAUGUGUUGUUCUACCACUUCCUCAAACACGUGACCAACUUGAGAGGGACACAGAUCAAGAUCGUGUUUGACAUGCUGGACUGGAAUGCAGUGGGCGAGAUUGGCUUUGACCAGUUCUACGUGUUGGUCUGCAUCCUGCUGUCACACCAGAACCAUCUGGAAGAGCAGUUUAUGUACCGCCACUCCCGGCCUGUUUUUGAUCUGCUUGAUCUGGACGGCGAGCUCAGAAUUGCUGCCAGCAACUUCCACACGUAUAGAUUUCUCUUCAAUAUUAAGAAACAGGAACUCAAAGAGCUCUUUCAUGAUUUUGACAUCACAGGGGACCGUCGUCUUAAUUACAAGGAAUUUAAGCUAUAUACUAUCUUCUCCAUUGACAAGUCCCAGGAAAGGCAGAAGGCAGAGAGAGAGAAAGAGAAUGAAAAACAGAAGGAGAGAGAGAAGGAGAAAGGGAAAGAGAAAUGGAAAUCUCUGCUCCUAAGGAGAAUGUCACGGAAAGUGGGUGUGAGCCCAGAGAGCCACCUGGAAAAAAUGAGAAUUGAAAUAUAG